GAUCUUGGAUAAGGAGGAGGGGAAAAAACCAAACAGCGGUCGGUCGGUUAAACAGUGGUAGCAGCGACUCCUCCUUGUACAGCUAAAUGUCGACUUUACCGUAAGCUAUCCCAACUCCGAAUGUCUGAUGUGGAGAUGCCCGUUCUUCUUGAGACAAUGCUUUCUUGUGUUGUUUUGCCUAAACUGCAUGUUUGAGUUCUCAUCAAAGUGUGUCAGUAUUGAGGAGAUGAAAUCAUGUGGAAGCCAGUGACCGCUUGUACAAACAAUGGAUAAGAUGAAUAAAAGCCCAACGAAGAUUGAGAUGGAUCUGGCUUUCGGGUCAGCCAAGCUAUUUGGAUCAUCCAGGAGUAUAGUCAGGAGGAUUGGGUCCACUCUCCCUCUUGGUCCAUGCCCUAGAGUCCACUUUCAGCUCCACCCGUUCACUGCCCUCAACCCCCCCGGCACCCCUAAUGGGCUUGUGGCCUCCCUAGCCGAUGUGGCCUGGAUCGACAAUGACGAGAAGGACUUCAGUGACAGUCCCGGGUCGGAGGCUCCGUCGGGCCUGGUGUUCCGUACGCAACCGCCGCCGACGCUCCGGCGCCAGUGCUCGCUACCCAGCCUGCACGAGGCCGAGCCGGCGCCGCAGGGUCCGACGGCGGUCAACGAUGAGGCCAUCCAGAAGAUCAGCGCCCUGGAGACGGAGCUGGCCCGCCUCAGAGCUCAGAUCGCACAGAUCGUCCUGGCGCAGGAACGUGGCGCAAACACAGCUGCUCCCCCUCCACCACCUCCACCUGGUCCCAACAUGCCUCCGCCACCUCCUCCUCCUCCCCCUCCUCCACCUCCACCUCCGCCACCACCCGGUCCCCUGCAGAGGACCUACUCGGCCCUCGACCUCAUCAGAGAGCGCCGCGGCAACAAGGGCGACAGCCUACAGCAGACCGUGCUGGACUCGGGGACCAAACCGCCCAGCAUGCUGGACGUGCUCAAGGACAUGGGCAAGGUCAAGCUGCGCUCCGUCAAGAGUCGGCCAGAGGAAGGCAACACCAAGCCAAAGCCCACCGACCCAACAGAUGCUGCUGGCCUCAUAGCUGAAGCCCUGAAGCGCAAGUUCGCUCACCGGUACCGCGAGGAGAGCGACCACGAGAACGAGAGCGAGAGUGACUUCCACGUGCCUCUCCCUGAGCCCAAGCUCAAGCCCAGGCCCAAGCCCCAGCCCAAGCCCCACACGGACACACCUCUGUUUGGGCAGCACCUGCUGAAGUCGACGGGGAAGAGGAGGGUGUUGUGAUGGCGGAGGCGUUGCUGGUGUAGACUGCUGCCUAAUCCACUGCUGGUGGCCCUCCCUGUCUUUAUGAGACAUGGAGAGACACGACCACGCAUUAGGAACAUGGGUUUUCCCUUCUACAGAGGCUCACGGGGGAGCCUGCAGUCUGGCUGCAGUGUUGUGUCACACUUACCAUGUCAGUUAUUCUCGGCACUUUCAAAAGAGUAUGGCUGUGCGUUGCGAAUGGACUUUAUGUAUGUUUUAUGUUGGGUGUAUGUUCUUUUGUUUUGUUUUUUAAAUGCUUUAAGGCACGGCAUUUCUGCACAGACUCAUUUCAUUGGAGUCAAAUUGUAGGUUCUGAUGAACUGUAUCGGAAUGUUUUUAUUUGGAUUUGUUUGUUUUUCUCUCGGUAUGUUUUUGGUUAGAAACAUGAUGCAGCCAUGACUGAUCACUGGCACUACAAUACAUUAGCCAACCCAAUACACAAGUCUAGGACUUUGUUCUUGGUUAGGAAACGUUCAGUUAGGGUUAGGAAACAUUAGGUUAGAGCUGGGAUGGGUUAGGUUAGGGUUAGGUCAGAAAAGAGCGAUAGCUGGGGGUAACAACGCUCAAGCCAAAUUCUUAUAUAAAAAAACACAAAUGGACUGACGUGCCUUAACCUGUUGUCUCAAAAUGUAUACAAAAGUUAUUCCUUAAAACAACUGUUUUAUUUGUGGUAAAAUGCUACAUUCCUUGUUUCUGACUUUAUGGCAUAGUUUUAGUUAUUUUUAACAAUUCUUAUGUUUAAUUUAUGAUUCUGGGAAAGUUAUUUAUAUGUAAAGUUUAAGUUCUUUAACAUCAACACUAGAAAUGGCUAAUGUCUGUUGAAUUAUGUAUGCUUCAUAUGCAUGUACGUUAACUAAUGUGGAACAUUUUCAGAGCAUAUUUCAAACUUGAUUUCAGAUCUUACGUAAAGUACCUCAGCAUGUGAUAAAAUACACAAGUUUCCAAGUUGACCACAUUUCUCUUCAAAACGGCACACAAAAUACAAGUUUUCUUCAUUUUCCAACUCAGUUGAAGAAUAUUCUUGUACUUAAAAAGAAACAACGUGUGUCAAAGAUCAAUUGAAAUAUCUUCCUUGUCCAUUCCAAUUCUUCAAGAGGAACACUAAUGCUUGGUGGGUGAAGCAGAAUGACUGCUUGAACCCAUUCCAGGUCUAACCUUUUUAUAAGUACUUUAUUCUUUCAUUGCCCUGGAAUAUAGUAUUAAUACUGUUGUACUGUACUCUGUGUGGCGUGCUGGUAGGUGUGCCUAUUUAUCCUUUUGCUGAACCCAGAUCUUACUUGAGGCUGUCAGAAACUUGAUGCCUAAACCCAGCAUUGACUUGACUGUUGGCCGUUGAACUUGAGAACUACUUAAAGGGCCCUGUACUCUGUUGUGUUUCAUGGAGUGUUAUAGCGUUUUUGCUGUGUCUGUUAUUUAAAGCCAUCACCAAAACACUACGUAAGUCUUAAUGGCUCAGCUUUACCUACAGGAUUGAAGGGAAUAUCGAAGCAUCGUCAGGUUUUCAGAGCAUGUUUGACUUAUUUUAAAAGAGAAAACUGUACCAAAAGAAACAAUCUUUUGAACACUGCAUGGAUUGUUUGAUUACAAUUAUGCUGUUGGAAUACUGGAAAAAUCAAAUGUACAAAUAAAAGUUUAAAGAAUGUUACAACUUGA